UUGCACUUAUUGUAGGCUGAUUUUGAAAUUGCAAUGGAAUCCAUAAGGUUCCUUAGUGAGGAUGCCUAUGAAUAUCUUGACAACAUCCCUGCCCAACAUUGGUCUAGGCAUGCCUUUUCAACUAAUUGCAAAUCUAAUAUGCUAUUGAAUAAUAUGUGUGAAACCUUCAAUGCUUGCAUUAGAGAAGCUAGGGACAAACCUAUCCUAACCCAAAUGGAAUGGUUAAGGAGGUAUGCAAUGAAAAGACACAAUGACAAGUGGGAGGGUGUGAAAAAAAUUCAAGGAAAAGUCAUGCCUUAUGUGACUAAACUGUAUGAGAGAAUGGAGAGGGUGGCUAGGCACUGCAUAGUGCAGGUCUCUAGGGAUGACACUUAUGAGGUCAACCUCAAUUCAGACCAAGUAACUGUUGACCUUCAAAAUAGGACAUGCACAUGCUACCACUGGCAAUUAACUGGCCUCCCUUGUGUGCAUGGAUUUUCUUGUAUAUUAGACAAGAGAAGUGAUCCAGAAGAGUAUGUGGACCACUAUUAUACAAGGGAGAGAUAUUUAGAGGCAUAUGACUUGCCAGUACAGCCUAUGCCAGGUCCCAAACACUGGGAAAAGAUUCAACUAAGGGAGCCACUGCCACCACCUGUGAGAGUCAUGCCUGGCAGACCUAAAUCCAAAAAGAGAAAGAAGGAAAAGGGAGAGGGUGUAGCAGAUGCAGCUGAGGGUACUUCACAAAAAAGGCAGAAGAGAUGCCAAAAAUGUGCUCAAUUUGGACACUAUGCAAAAACUUGCUCCAAUAUUCCUGCAGAAGUGAAAGAGCCUUCUUCCAAGCCUAACUCUAUGGGAAAACCUGCUGUAAACACACCAUGGGUGGUAGAACAGAGGAGAAUCAAAGCUGCAAGAGCUUUAAACAAGACUACUCCUGGAGCAUCAGCAGGACCUAACAGCAUUGCCAAUAAGAAGUUCCCACAAGAAGAGGCUAAGAAGAAGGCUGCUACUGCUGCAGCAAAAGCUUCCUCAACAGCUGCUGCAGCAGCAUCAUCUCAAGGAGCAGGAGCUGCUGCAUCUCAAGGACCAAAGGCAUCCUCAAAAACUGCUGCAGCAAAAGCAUCUCAAGGAGCAUCAGCACCCUCACAAGCAGCACCUUCUCAAAGGCCUAAUACAAGGUCAAGGCAGAGUGCAGGAGCUGAGCCAUACCUCUGCAGCCAAGCAUCAACCACAACAACAGCAAAAAAUACUACAGCAACAAGGCCAAGCAAGAAAAAAAAUUAAGUGCAAUUUCUGAAAAUUGUUGAACCUAUUUCUCUGACAGUAUCCAUUAUGUAUUCACUUUGAUGAACU